GGAGAGAAACCUUAUGUAUGUAAGCAAUGUGGGAAAGCUUUUAAAACACAGGGAGAUUGUAAGAAACAUGAAAGAAUUCACACUGGAGAGAAACCAUAUGUAUGCAAGCAAUGUGGGAAAGCUUUUAACACAUGGGGAGUUUUUAAGAAUCAUGAAAGAAUUCACACUGGAGAGAAACCCUAUGUAUGUAAGCAAUGUGGGAAAGCUUUUAAAACACAGGGAUAUUGUAAGAAACAUGAAAUAAUUCACACUGGAGAGAAACCAUAUGUAUGCAAGCAAUGUGGGAAAGCUUUUAACACACGGGGAGUUUUUAAGAAUCAUGAAAGAAUUCACACUGGAGAGAAACACUAUGUAUGUAAGCAAUGUGGGAAAGCUUUUACCCAACAUGGAAGUUGUAAGCAACAUGAAAGAAUCCACACUGGAGAGAAACCAUAUGUAUGCAAGCAAUGUGGGAAAGCUUUUACCCAACAUGGAAAUUGUAAGCAACAUGAAAGAAUUCACACUGGAGAGAAACCAUAUGUAUGUAAGCAAUGUGGGAAAGCUUUUAACACAUGGGGAAAUUGUAAAAUACAUGAAAGAAUUCACACUGGAGAG